AUGAAAUUCGCGCUGCUGCUCCUGACCGCGUGCGCGAUGUUCGCUCGCGCGGAUCGCGACCGUCUCCCCUUGCUGCCGCUCCACCUGUCGGGCAAGCGGCUGAGCAAGCCGGCUGGCCCCCGGAUCCCAAAGGCGGCGGUAGGCCAGGCGGUGCUCUGCACAUUAGCGGUGCAGAAUGCGUGCCAGAUGCUCUCGAUGCGAUACUCGCGGCUGCCGGACCAGCCAAAGUACCUCGCUUCGACGGCGGUGCUCCUGGCUGAGGUCGUGAAGAUCCUCGUCUCCGUGGCGGUCGCAUACCAGCUGAAGCUGCUCACGACAGCCUUCUUCACGGCGCGCGCGGCCUCCGCCGCACCCGCGCCAGACGUGACGCUGCUGAAGCGCCACAUCUCCCUCCGCCGCUGGGUGGCGCUGGGGAUUCUCUUCCUCGGCGGGCCCCUCUCCUCGACCAGCCCGAUCCGCGGCAUGGCGGCCGUCACGUCGGCGUGCUUCCUCUCUGGCCUCGCCGGCGUGUGGCUGGAGAGGAUCGUCCCGAUCUGGCUGCGGAAUGUGCAGCUCGGCUCGCUGUCGCUGCUCAUCGGCGCCUGCCAGAUCGCGUGGCUCGACGGCGGCGCCAUCCGCGCGGGCGCCUCCCUGCCGGGCCUCCACUCCGCACACACCUCCCGGACCGCCUCGAGCGCAGCGCCGGGCGGGCACCUCUCGGCUGCCCUCCCGGUCUCGCUCGGCGGCCUGCUUGUCGCGCUGGUGAUGAAGUACGCCGACAAUGUCGUCAAGGGCUUCGCUACGUCGCUCUCGAUCGUCAUCUCUUCGGUCGUCUCUCUCUUCAUCCCGUCCUUCAACUUCUCCCUCCGCCCAACCUUCCUCGCCGGCUCCACACUCGUCAUCGCCGCGACCAUCCUCUACUCGACCAUCCCCGCGAGCCCGAAGGGGGCGGCAAAGGCACCGACGCCGCUGCACGAGCUGAGCGCCUCCGAGUACGAGCGGCAGCUGUGA